GCUCAGCAAGAAGCACGUCUCGGUGCUUCCAACAGGGGAACUCUUCUUCUGCUGUCCCGUGGCGUCCGGCUCUCUGACCCGAGUCAUGCCGGCGUCCCUGAGGAGGAAGUGAGUGGUGUUUCUGUGACAGAGCAGAGCGCCCCCUUCUGGUCUUGGCAUGCUAUUGCGCCCCACCGUGUCAGGGUUGUGCGCCAUGUUGCAGACCAUCUACGAGACAGAGUCCUGCUUCUCCUCCGCCAACGCAGACGGACACCAGCCGCUGGAGCUCCUGAGCAGCAGCAGGGGCUCCGGCGCCGCCAUGCCCACCGCCGUGGUGGAGGUGAAGAGCAGCCUCCCAUCAGGCAUGCAGAGCCCAGUGGGAGCAGCAGGGAGUGAGCAGGGAGGAGGAGGAGGAGGAGGAGGAGGAGGAGGAGGUGGUAAGUGGAGAGCGCUGCGUCUCGGUGCUUCCAGGCUCCUCUUGUCGGGUUUCCAGGGUUUUCCUGGCUUCAGAUGUGAUGACUUUAGUCGACCAAGGUUUCCUUUGGUUGACUGCAGCCCUACAGAAGUCACAGAAAUCCAAAAAUACAAUGAAAAUAAAGCUAAACUUUGGGGGAGAGUAUCAGUGAAGCAGCCGGUGUCCUGUGCUCCUGUCCCAGGUGGAGGACCAGGAGGAGGUCCAGGAGGAGGAGGAGGAGGAGGAGGAGCGGUGGACCUGCGGACGGAGCCCCGGCUGGGCUCCCUGUCCGGGGGCGGGGCGGGGGUGGACCCCAGCCUGAGGGAGCAGCAGCUGCAGCAGGAGCUGCUGCUCCUCAAACAGCAGCAGGAGCUGCAGAAACAGCUGCUGUUUGCCGAGUUCCAGAAACAACAUGAGGUGCUGACGCGGCAGCACGAGGUCCAGCUGCAGGAGCACCUGAAGCAACAGCAGGAACUGCUGGUGGCGAAGCGGCAGCAGGAGUUGGAGCAGAAAAGGAAACUGGAGCAACAACGACAUGAAGAGCAAGAGAAGCAACGACUGGAGCAACAACUACUGCUGCUGAGGAACAAGGAGAAGGGCAAAGAGAGUGCCAUAGCCAGUACGGAGGUGAAGCUGAAGCUGCAGGAGUUCCUGCUCAGUAAGAAGGAGCCUCCUGCUGCAGCCCUGAACAACUCCUUCAGUCAGAAGUGCUGGGGGAGUCAUCACACCUCUCUGGAGCAGAGCUCUCCUCCUCAGACAAACACACCUGGAACCCCCCCCUCCUACAAACUGCCCCCCCUGCUGGGCAACUACGACAAAGACGACUUCCCACUCCGCAAGACAGCCUCGGAGCCCAACCUGAAGGUGCGUUCGAGGUUGAAGCAGAAAGUGGCGGAGAGGCGGAGCUCCCCUUUGCUCCGCAGGAAGGACGGAACCGUCAUCAGCACCUUCAAGAAGAGAGCUAUAGAGAUAUCAGUAUCGUCUCUCUGCAGCAGUGCUCCUGGUUCUGGUCCCAGCAGCCCCAACAGCUCCAACACGGCUAUCGCUAAUGGCAACACAGGAUCAGUCCCCAACAUACACACUGAGCGCCCCCUGCAGGCGGACACCAGCUCUGCCCGCUCUGUGCUAAUCUAA